UUGAGACGUCGAGGCCUCAGUGGGUUGAUCAUAUCACCGAGUGAGCAGUUCAUCGCAGGAGUAGAUGGAGGUAGAUGUCAAAUUGUAAUAUACAAAAUUGUGACAACGACAGUGAUGGAGGGGGAGGGCGUCUCCGAUUUAACUCAGUUGAUAGCCAGUCGAAUACUCGGUAGUGCAUCAUCGACUAGGAAAACUGUAGUGAAGACCUCUGUAGUGAUAUGGAGCUUUAUAGACCUCCCACAAGCCGCUCAUGAACUCGAGGUGGUACUUCAGUUUGGUAGCACCAACACUGUCCUGGUCUGUGGCCUCAAUGGCCUUGCAUCUCGGUAUGCGUAUGACCCUAGUGUUCGCGGUGAGAAGGCUACUCUAGUUUGGAGCACUCACCUUUGUCCACUACGGGACCGAUUUGGUAGUACUUCUACUACUGGGGGUAGUUCUCAGCAAUUAGCCUCCGACACCCCCACCACUUGGCGGUCUGACGCCUCUCGUGUUGGCGCUCAUUGGGAUGUGAAUGAACAUGUCAUCACCUUUGAUGUCAGUGAGGACGUUUGUGGCCCUGUGGAUACGAAGGAGGAGGUCUCAGCCGCUGAAGACGAGGAUUGGAUUCUUAUAGGCCAUCGGUGAUCGCUGUAUGAGGUUGUCAAAACGUUGUUUCAAUUUCCUGAUCUUUACGAAGGUAGCAAUUUCUGAUCGUAGGCUGUGGCCCCCCCGGUGUGGGCCACUCCGAUUCUGCAUGGUGACAGUCACCACUGUCACCCUUUAUUUGGGUACUAUACACGUAUUCUCCCAAAAUAGGUAGAUUUUUGACACGGUAGUUGGGUGCUCAUAGUUGUCAUUUUCCUAUUCGCUGUCUUAUACAACUCCCUCG